CUUGUAGCUGAACACACAUUUGCAAGAGGUUGUUCAAUAACGGAAAGGCAACCGGCCAAAGCAGUGCAGACCUAGGGAAGUUUGUUCCCUCAUCAUCAUCUGACCCUGAGUCGACUGCAGAGACCGAAUGCUUGGAUGGCUGGGAAGAGUUAAGUGCUGCUUGGAAACAAAGGCUUCUCUUGACUUGCCGGUGGCUUUGUGAAAGGCAGAAGAAAUAGUUGAUAAGAUGGAGCUCAACAAGUUUCUGAGUGCAUCAGGAGGGCAUCCGAGGAGACAAGAGGAGGCGGGCAGCAGUGACGAAGCUGGGGUCAGCGAGGACCUGGAUUUUGUACAAAUGUACCUCACCUGUCUGCCUGAGAGAUACAUGAAGGCAAAAUUUACGCUGACAGCAUAUCUGGCAUGUUGGCUAAUCUUGAAACUCUGCAAGAGAGCUUGGGAGAAAAGAGGUCCAGCCUCCCAAAAGGUUCCAGAGCCAGUAGAAAAUUGCACAAGUGAAGGGGAGCUUGAAGAAGACCGACGUUCUUCUGGCCCAAGUACAUUAGAGUUGGAGGUACGUGGGUCAGGCCAGGAAACAGAUGAAGACUAUUUUGAGACCCAGUCCCAUCAGAGUGAAUCGCUGUCGGACAUCAAGACAGAGCCUUACGAAAGUGCAUCCGACUCGGAGUCCGUUGGCAGCGAUGCAACUAGAGAAACCAGCCUGAGUUCAUACUGCCUUUCUUCGGAAAUUGAAGAACCGUGGCAUAAGUCUCCUGAAACAAAAGUAGAAAUAGUUGCCUCAGAGCUUGAGUGCAGAAAACAGCUGGGAUCUCUGCAAAAAGAAGCAGUGAAAUUGCCAUCAGUUUUACAUGUAGCAGCAAGCAAAAGUGAAUUGGAGGUAGUGGCACCAGGAGCCAAAACAGAAGGGUUUGAUGGAAAGGAGAAAACGUUACCUUCCAGUAUCCCCUACACAGGAUCAAAAACGAGUACAGAGGACUUUGUGACACAGACUGGGGCCAUGCUGAUAGCAGAGGCGAAAUCGAUAGACAACGAGACACACUUCCACAUUUGCUCAAAAAAUCUAGCUGAAGGUGCUCUUGGCAAAGGCGACGCAAGUGCAGAAGCAGCAACGCUUGCUGGUCUCAGAGCAAAUUCUGAGAGCUCUCUGAGUUUCCUUGAAGUUCACCAUUCUCCUGCCCCUUCAGAAGGUGUUUCAAGAUACAGUUUGCCUAAUAUUCACUUAGAAACAAACAGAACGUGGAAAAGGAACUGUGAGGCAUCCAAAGUUAGGUGUAAACAAGAUUAUAUACCUAAUGCCAAGUGCAAUAGGAAGAAUGUUAUUGCUAGUCAAAAACCUGCAGGUGCAAACUUGUGUGAGAGAAAGCAGGAGGCCACAGGUUCACCAUGCUUAAAAUCUGCACUUCAGGUGUCACCCAAAAGGCCAGGGACCCUAGAAAUGAAAUCAUGGCACAGUUCGCCUGGGAGCAUAAGUGCCCAAGAGGUCAGAGAACAUGCCAAUGACUGUAUUUGUCUGGUAGAUAAAUUAAGUUGGUCAUGCUCCAGGUUACCCCUAGAAGUGUCAGAUUAUGGACGUGGAAAGGAAAACCUAGAAAGCUGCGGUGGCUGCCCACAGAAUUCCUUAAAGAUGGGAAAAGAUAUAGGUAUUGAAGGAUUACUUCUUAAUGCUCACCAGGCCUCAAGUAAGAGCAAGCCGAUGCAAGCAUCAAACUCCCACUGGGCUGUCAGUAAGAAUUUACACAACAAUUCCAAGAACUAUGGCCUUACAACAAAAAGAGCAGAUACAUUGGACUGUGCAUCUUUGGCACUGUCCCAGCAUCCAGGUCCCUCAGAGGGUAAUUCCAAAGAGGAGACUUGUUCAACCCUGGCACGCGUACCUACAAACAUAAAUGCCAAAGUAGUAUUAAGGAUAGAUCAGUCCACUUCAGUGGGCAAGAUAGAAAUUAAAGGGUUCCCUCAGGAUCUUGGCUGUAAAUCAAACAUCCAUGGCACUGAAGCCCAAGACAAUUUGCUAGGUGGAUGUUUCAUGGCAGAAAAAUCUGACAAUACCUGUGGCAUCCAUGCUUCUACUGUUAGGAAAGAGGUGAAUAUGCAAAGAAAAUGCCUUGAAACUCAAAAUGCGGAGGAUUUUGUAGGGGCAACUGAAAGGAGAAACAAGUCUGGAUUCAAUAUAGAUUGGGGAGUGCUGGAUGGGAUGCUGACAUCGAGUGGGAAAGACUUCAUAGAACACGAGGCGACUGGGCUUCGAGACAUGAGCAAGAGUGCCUUAAAAUGGCCUUCCAAUCAGGAGAGAACAAAUGUCCAUCUCAUGACUAUGGAAAGGAAGGAUUGUUAUUGUGGUAGUGGUGAAGUUGUCUCUGCUUUUGAACCUGCACCUAAACCACAUUACAUAUGCCAGGGAGAAAAAUCAGAGUUAAAAUCUCUGUUGGUUCAAUCUCUUGGUCAGAAAGGACUAGAAUCAAAGAAGAUAGGAGGUGAGAACAACUUGGGUGAAUUAACCACUGAGAUACUGGAAUGUCAGAAUGUAGCCUCUCAUCUCAUCACCAUGAUAGAUACCACAGAACCUCAGGAAACUUCAAAUGCACUGAACAAUAGUACAAAUGACAUUUUACCUGUACAGGUUAUGUCAGGCUGUGAAAGUGAGCUACAUGUUAGGACAGCCAUUCAAGAAAGCACAAAAAACAUACACAAGGAAGCAGAAGCAACUGUUCUGGAUUUAUCUUCAGUGGCUGCAAACUCUACUGGAGCUAGUAUAGAGAACAAUUCCUGUAGGAAUAAUUUAAGUUUGGAAAAUGCUAUACAAACCCAGAAAGAAGAGGCAUAUCCAGAUGGUUUGUUCUUGGAACCACAUGGAACAAAUGCUGAGAUAUUACUGGUAAAGCCCUGCCAAGUAAAAGCUGGUUCUGUAGAGACAACACAAGUAGCAAACCUACAGUCGGAAACUAGAGGGCCUACGGUGGUGGUUGAAUCUAUGACCACAAAUAUAGAACAAGACUUUUGUGUAAGUACUGCAAGAACACAGGAAAGAAACAGUGGCCUGUGGCAGGAUGUCACUGAUGGCGAUAAGACCCAUGGGAGUGAUGUCUGCAGUAAGCAAAUUCUUGAGAAAAGCUGUGAUAUACCACAUGAGGAAAUAGGCUUUUCGCCAAUCACAGGCCUCAACAGGGGCAUUACUGCAGAAGAUCCAGAGUGCAUUGGCAGAGGCAGCAAAUGGAAUCCAAACUCAGAUAUCUGUGACUCUUCAGUGAAAAUGAACAACCAAGAUAAUAGCACUACAGGCCUAGAUAAUGUCAGCAUGGGAAGUACAAAUAGUGAGGAGAUGGAUGAGAAUGUUUUUAACUUCCUGGGUAGUAACAAUAGUUUUUAUAAGGCGGUGCAGAGAAACAGCAAGGCUGGGGCCACAGAGAAGUCUGCCAAGCAUUUGAAAUUCUUAGCCUUUUCCAAAAUGGCUUCCUUCAGGAAAUCUAAGCUGACAUUUGCUGAAAGUCAAGACAGCAUCAAAACUAAGGCAGAGAUACUAGACGGAGAUAAAGGGGAUGAGGUGGAAGAAGGCUUGAAGUCCAUCAGUUCAUCCAGCCCUGCUUUCCAAAGCGAGUAUUCGGACGACGAUGACUUAUUCUAUGAGAGACCAGUGGGGCUCUUCAAUAGAAUUAGCCUGAGAAAGGCUUCUAGCUCUGGGCGGACCCUCUUGGAAGCCAUGGGCACAGGUUCUUCUCCGGUACUGGCCAGGAUGAAAUGCUCCGAAGGGAAAGUGUUAGGUUCUGCGGAGAAUUACAGCCAUGAGUCUGGGGAGUAUCCUGAACUCAGGAAAUCCUCCUCUGAGAAUGACUUUAAAAGAAACAAAAACACAGAGAGUAAAAAAUUCAGGAGUCGACUCGCCUUGGCCCACCGGUCCUUCUCAAGUUUCUUCGAAUCUAAAACGCUGGAGAAGGAAAAUGCUGAGCAGAGUCCAAAAAUUGCAAUGAAAAAUGAAAAGGAAAAAGCCAAGCUGGCCCAAACAUCCUGGAAAGCAUUUUUGAAAAGCAAGGAAGCAGAUGGUCUGAAGCGCUCUGCCUUAACCAGUUCUCUUCCAACUCGGCAGAGUCCUUGUUCUAACAGGAGUCCAGGCAGCUUUGCUAGAAGAGCAUCCAAGGAAAAGCAGGAAUGCCUCAAUGGACAGGUUUUUCUGAAAUCAAGCGUGUCCAAUGGCUCAUCCACAGAAGCUGGGCAUUCUGACUCCUCUGGGACUGGUGAUGGUCAACCUCUGGACAUCAGGAGGAGGAGGAGUAGAGAGCCAUCUCAUGAACUGACUAUAAAUUGUCCACAAAGCCCAGAAUGCAAUGGGAAAGAGGAAGCAACGGGCCAGGAUGGGGAUGCUUCCUUUGAUGAAUUCUGGUUGAAAUCGCCCCUUAGUCCAAUUGACCUCCAGUCAUCAUUUUCUCACUUCACUCCCUCUUGCCCCCAGUUGUCCAUGUAUGAACGUAAAGAUAUGCCAUGCAGGCCUAUGAGCCCCAAGCCGCAGAGCCCCCGGACCAGUUCUCAACGCAAGGGUUUCCAUUAUCCCGGAAGGUUAAGUUCCACUUCAAUGAUCUCUCUUGGAAACAUCUCUGUGAUUGAUGGCAAUUUGGAAGCGCCCGAGAGGCCAAAGACCUUGAAGCCCAGGUCUAGCUUCUUGCAGUCUAUGCACUCAUUAGAUAAUGACUAUCUAAGAGAAGACAGUGGGAUAAGCAGCCAGUCGCAGAUCAGCUUAAACACAACAUCUUCAGUGAGCGAUAUCAGAGAUGAGGAGAAUAUCCAACAAAAUCAGAUCCCAUCAGAAAAGAGGCCAGGUGAAAAACGUGGUCUACAUUGCAGAAAGAGGUCUACUCAGAUGCCACUAUCUCCACACUCAUUCUCAACCAUAGAGGACAAGGCCUGGGUGCUUCCCUUUCAUGUUCAGGAAGGGAAAGCAAAAGAGCAUGCCCAAAGGAAGAGGCACAGACCCCUAUACAAGCGUUUCAGCUUUGAUGACACAUGGAUGGAAAGGAAUCGGAAAAGGAAGCUUGUGAAAGAGACACAGUCAGACAGAGAGAAUGAAGCGUGUAACCUCCCAGGGGAUCAGUUACAAGUUAAGACGAGACCAUCCAUUACUUCACCAGUUGUCUUUGGUGGGCUUCCGCUCAAGUUGCACCUCUAUUCCCGGAGCACACCCACAGGAUUAGACUGCGUGGGUCUCAGGAGGCGCAUCUCCUUUCCUGUAAUUGCUGAUGGAUCUCUGGAGAAGACCAGUGAUGAUGUGGGAAGCGAAGAGGACUUGUAUGAAGACUUCCGAAGUUCUAGUCAUCGUUAUGGUCACCCAGGCGGUGGAGGAGAACAACUUGCUAUUAAUGAGCUCAUCAGCGAUGGUGGUGUGGUCUACGCAGAAGCACUCUGGGACCAUGUCACCAUGGAUGACCAAGAGCUAGGCUUCAAGGCUGGGGACGUCGUGGAAGUCAUGGAUGCUACUAACAAAGAAUGGUGGUGGGGCAGGAUAAUGGACAGCGAGGGCUGGUUCCCUGCCAGCUUCGUACGGCUCCGAGUGAACCAGGAUGAACCAAUGGAAGACUACCCUCUGAAGUUAGAAGGUGGAAGGGAGGAAGACUCGAAAAAUGCUUCCCACCGUUAUGGCAUGGGGCACACAACUAAGGAUCAAAUGAGAACCAAUGUUAUCAAUGAAAUCCUAAGCACAGAGAGAGAUUACAUCAAACACUUGAAGGACAUCUGUGAGGGCUAUAUCAAACAGUGCCGUAAAAGAGCAGAUAUGUUCACAGAGGAGCAGCUGAAGACAAUCUUUGGGAAUAUUGAAGAUAUCUAUAAGUGCCAGAAAAAAUUUGUUAAAGCGCUGGAGAAGAAAUUCAACAAAGACUACCCACACCUGAGUGAGAUUGGCUCCUGCUUCUUGGAAUAUCAAAACGAGUUCCAGAUCUACUCUGAGUAUUGCAACAACCACCCCAAUGCCUGCAUGGAGCUUUCCCGACUCACCAAAGUGAGCAAGUACGUUUAUUUCUUCGAGGCAUGUCGCCUGCUUCAGAAGAUGAUUGACAUCUCUCUGGAUGGCUUCCUCCUGACUCCCGUGCAGAAAAUUUGCAAGUACCCACUGCAGCUUGCAGAACUACUGAAAUAUACUAAUCCACAACAUAGGGAUUUUAAAGAUGUCGAAGCUGCUUUAAAUGCCAUGAAGAACGUAGCGCGGCUCAUCAAUGAGAGGAAAAGGCGUUUGGAAAACAUAGACAAAAUCGCGCAGUGGCAGAGUUCAAUAGAGGACUGGGAGGGUGAAGAUGUCCUUGUCAAGAGUUCUGAACUCAUCUACUCUGGGGAAUUAACCAAAAUUUCCCAGCCUCAAGCCAAGAGCCAUCAAAGAAUGUUUUUCCUCUUUGAUCAUCAGCUUGUCUGCUGCAAGAAGGAUCUCCUACGACGUGACAUCCUGUAUUAUAAGAGUCGAAUCCAGAUGGACAACAUGGAGAUUCUGGAUGUGGAAGAUGGAAAGGACAAGGACUUCAAUAUCACUGUUAAAAACGCAUUCAAAUUGCACUGUAGGGACACUGAAGAAGUCCACUUGUUCUGUGCAAAGAAGCCAGAACAGAAGCAGCGUUGGCUCAAGGCAUUUGAGAAUGAGAGGAAGCAGGUUCAGCUUGACCAAGAAACUGGUUUUUCCAUCACAGAGGUGCAGAAGAAACAAGCCAUGCUUAACGCCAGCAAACAGAACCAGAGUGGAAAACCAAAAGUGGUCACCAGGACAUACUACGAUUUCCUGAUGCGCCAGAAGCACCCCACUUUGCCUACCAACCUCCCACAGCAGCAAGUCUUCAUGUUGGCAGAGCCCGCGCAAGCCUUCAAAUUUCUGGCAGAACAUCAGCAGGCUGGCACCGUUUCGGAAAUAAGGGGAAAGCAGCCUGACCUUGUGCCUGAAUAGACCCUCGGAGAAAGCACUUUACGCAUCAGUCCUGCAAAACCAAGCACUAGCUCCCCCUCCUGGCUUUCAGAGGGACAGCAUUUCCCCUUCACUCCCUUCUUUUGCCAGACUCAAGUGUUAUGAUGACAUUGUUGCGUGUGUGUGUGUGUGUGUGUGUGUGUGUGUGUGUGUGUGUGUGUGAGAAAGUGAGCCUGCCCAUCUUUUUGAGUAUCAAGGAAGAGAAAAUAAGAGGCUGGAGUUAAAAUCAUCAUCAUCAUCAUCAUCAUCAUCAUCAUCAUCAUCUCCCUCCUCCUCUUCCUCUUCUAAAGAAAAAACCUUCCUCAUUUCAUCAGUUUCCUUUUGGACCAUAUUUUCUCUUGGGAACAUGAUUUAUUUUCAGUUUCCACAAGGCUGCCAGACAAAGAAGGCAAGUGGCUAUGAAGUCCCACCACCUGCUUGGCUUUUGCUCUGAGCGGGCUGUUUAGUGUUGCUGCUGUUUUGCAAUUUUCUGGUGCAACGGACUCCCUUCCUCUCACCUCUCUCAUCCCCAUUUUCACCAAACCCCUGAACAGACUGAGCACCCCCAGGAGCCACCGUCGACCUUCCUUUAGCUGAAAGACGAACUACUGACAAGGCGCCAGAACGCGAACGACAAACCUGAAGCAUGACUAACUCCCAAGACCUUUGCAAUCUAGUUGAGUUAAUGUACAGUGUGGGGGAGGGGGAAAUGUGCCUAAAUUAACUUUGAAUUACUUUUACUUUCUACCAACACUUUGCCAUAGUUCCUGGCCAAUGAUACUUUUUGUCAAUGUUUUUAAAUGUUUAUUUAUGGUAAAAGUGCAGAUAACUGUAUUUUGUAAGAGUUUGUAAUCUGUCUUGUCAGAUGUUAACUUGAUGCCUGUUUUGUCUAUUUUUUUUCACUAAAGAAAAAGGCCAACCUUUAUAAGCCUGUAGUCCUAAAGAUAUGCGACAGACAUGUCUGAAGGUGAAUUUCAGAUGUACCAGGCAUUUGCAAACAAAUCAGUAUUACUUGGAAACUGUGUCACCCAUGCACUAGUCUGAAGAGGUGGUGAGGGUACUUACUGGAGAACAUGGACACAGUUUGAAAUUUGUAUGGGAGAGUGUAUAUUUAGAUGCAGACGCUUGAAAAAUUGAGGACAAAAGUACUUAUAAUCUUUAAUUAGGAAAAAGGAAAGAUUUGCCUUACAAUAGUGAGAUAGUUAGAAGCCAUAACUGACUGAAUCCCAUCAUUAAGGGAUUUCCUGGUACUGUGAAGUUAAAAGGAAAAACUCAACGUUCUCUUGUAUGGGACUACUGCAGUGAAGUGAGCACUCAGCAGUCCGAUGGAAAGAGAUAACAGUGUUGAACUGUAGCUGACCAGCUGACAGCUGCGCAAUCCUAGAAGCAUGUUCAGAUUCAUUCUUGCACUAUAUCUUUCCCCCCAUGGGAGGGGUGACAUUUAAUUUCAUAAAGAAACUUGUA